CAGGUGUCUGCCAUGGGUGAGAAGGAGAUAAACAACCACUCAGAAGUGACUGAAUUCAUUCUUGUAGGCUUCCGGGUCCACCCAGAACUCCAAAUCCUUCUUUUCUUCAUUUUUCUGCUUAUUUAUAGCAUGGUCCUUCUGGGGAAUAUUGGUAUGAUUAUCCUCAUUGUGACUGCUUCUCGGUUGAACACACCAAUGUAUUUCUUCCUAGGCAAUCUCUCUCUUAUUGAUCUUUCUUAUUCUUCUGUUGUGGCACCCAAAGCCAUAGCCAAUCUCUUAUCUGAAAGCAAGACCAUCUCCUUUGUAGGCUGUGUGGCCCAGCUCUUCUUUUUUGCUCUCUUUAUUGUGACUGAAGGUUUUCUCUUGGCAGCCAUGGCCUAUGACCGAUUCAUAGCCAUCUGCUCCCCACUCCUAUAUUCUGUUCGCAUGUCAAGACGCCUCUGCAUCCAGCUGGUGGCAGGAUCGUACUUUUUUGGCUGUAUUAGUUCCAUCAUUCAAGCCAUCAUUACCUUUACUAUGUCCUUCUGUGCAUCUCAUGUUAUCGACUUUUUUUACUGUGACACCCGUGCAAUACAGAAGAUUGCAUGUUCUAAUGUCUUUAUCAAUGAGGUGAUAUCAUAUACCCUGGCUGUCCUCAUUAUUUUGCCCACCAUCAUAGUCAUCAUGGUGUCCUACAUCUAUAUCUUGUCCACUAUUCUGAAGAUGCAUUCCAAUGAAGGACAAAUGAAAGCAUUCUCCACUUGUGGGUCCCAUCUGAUGGUUGUUAGCUUGCUUUAUGGGACUGUUUCUUUUAUGUACCUCACACCUGCCAGUAAUCCAGAACUAGGUAAAGCAGCCUCUCUAUGUUAUACUUUUGUCACUCCCAUGUUGAACCCUUUGAUUUAUUCUCUAAGAAACAAGGAUGUCAAAGAAGCCCUGAAAAGUAUGUUAUGGAGGAAAAAUAGUUUUCUCUAA